AUCACAUGUUUUGCAAAAAUACAAACUUUUUUAUGCCAUUAAAUUUGUUUUCAUCUUUUAAUUGACUUAAAUUUGACACAAAUUUAGUGAAUAAUCUGUGAAUUAAACUGAAUGUGAGUUUCAUUACAAGUAUUGAUUAAGCGAUGAAUGAAUUGAGGGAUGAAUUGAUUGAUAGGAAACGUUUAGCCGACGACCAGAAGGAGAUUGGAAACAAACACUUCAAGAGUGGACACAUUGAGGAGUCCAUCAAAUGCUAUACAAAUGCCAUCCAAUUGUAUGAAUCAAAUCCAGUCUUUUACUGCAAUCGAUCCAUGGCUUACCUCAAGAAAGGACUUCCGCUCGAAGCCCACAGAGACUGUGAUUUAGCCCUAAAUAUAGACAACAAUUGUAUUAAAGCUCUUUACAGACGCGGCUUAUCUCGAAGACAACUGUUUCGCUAUUCUCUGGCUUUGGAUGACUUUCGACGAGUCCUUACACUCGAUGCCGACAAUAGCGAUGCGAAGCGUGAAUUGGCCGCAACUCAACGUCUGAUCCAAUCGAAAGCCAUUGUAGACAUUAAAGCCAUUGAUAAACCACUAGAAUUGCAAUCAAAGACACCGUUAACUAAAGUUGCCAUUUGUUGUGAUAAGAAGUCGUGUGAAUUUGUGGUACAAUUGCCCGAAAGUGUUCCCAAAACUUAUUAUCAAUUUGAGUGCGAUUGGCGUCAACUCAUUGGUCCCAAUAGUCAACAAUUAAGACUCAAUUAUUUGGAAAUGAUUGGCGCCGAAGACAUUCAACGAGUCUUGUCGUCGACAUUAGAGCCGCAAAUGAUAUCUGAUUUAUUGAAUACGAUUUGUCACUCAAAUGAUUGUCAAUUAAUUUACAAUGUUUUGCAUCAAAUGUCCGAAACGCCCAGAUUUGAC